AAAGGCUAGCAACGUCUAGCUGGCGUACUCUUCAAUCUACUGAAUUCCCUACUUAUUUCCCGAUAUUGAAACUUGAAUCUUGAAACUCGAACUCUUUCAAAAUGAGCAACUAUCCCUACGCGCCCCCUCCGCCAGCUCCUUCGGCGGCUUCUCCAAGCCCAUAUCCUCCCUAUAGUCAAGGGCCAGGGUAUACCCAUUCAGCUCCUCGCGGCGGCCAUGCCGCCGCAACGAGCGGUGGUAGAAGUCAUGGUCAUCAUCAACACCAAGGACCUGGUCGCAGCGAAUAUGGUUCAUCUUAUUAUCAACAGGACUACUCGUCUCCUAGUGGCGGUCCUUACAACCCUCCUCAACCGGCUAGCUACUGGCAAGGAGCUCCAUCCUCAGGUCACGGCCAUUCCAACGGCUCGUCGAUCCCCCCUAACUACCCCCCCAGUUACGCAACCCAAGGUUACCCACAGCCUACUCAAUCUUAUCAAGCACCGUAUCCUAGUCAGCCCACUCGUCCUCCUUAUGGCGGUGUCCCGUAUGGUCAAGCACCUAGUGAGUAUGCGCAACCUCCGCAGCAGUGGGGUGAUCAUGGUCAAGCAUAUCCUUCCUACCCAAGCCGCGGUGGACGUGGCGGGUAUCCGAGUGACCGAAGUGGUCCUCUACGCAACCCCUAUCCUCCUGCGCAUCACCAGCCGGCUCCUCUACAACCGCCGUACGGGUAUCCCCCGACUACUGCCCCAACAUUUCCCGGGCCUCCUCAGCCUCACUAUGGAUCUAGCAACAGAGGUCAUGGUCGUGGUGGCCAUACUCACUCUAGCAGAGGAGCUCAUGGUAUCGGUAAUGAUCGGGGCGAGAAGUUUCGUCACCGUGAUCAGAAACCUCACUUGACCCUUAACUAUCAGAAGUCUGAUCCUGCUUCUGGAAAGAAGAAGAAGCGCAAGACCAACACAUUGGGACUAACCCCCGAUGAUGAUGAUUCCGACAAAGGUGGAGAAGUUGUAGAUGACGAGAAGCGUCUUGCGGAGCUAUUUGGCUCUGAUGGUCCAGGCAUCCCUGAUGGGGAUUUAGAAAAGUGGUUGGCAGAACGACGGGCUAAUUUCCCAACCAAGGCGCGUGUUGCGCAGAAGGAGGCAGAGUUGCACUCACAGCUCGCAAAUCACGCUAGCAACGGAAAGGAACCAGUAGCUGUCCAAGUUGACCCAGUCGAGAAAGAAGCCGAUCGCCUACGCAAGAGACUCGCCAAACUUGAUAGAAAGAUCGAGAAGCGCAAACGUGCGCCUAACGACGAAGGCGAUGACAUGAGAUCCGAGUCUUCGGACGAGGAGUCCGAAGACGAUAAGCCCGAGGCCUUGCCGACUGAUAAGUCAGCUACUGGAUUCUUGCCUCCUCCCCCCAUUACGCGAGCCGACCCCUCUAACCACUGCAAAUACUACUCUACGGGAGGUAUCUGUGGUAAGAAGGGCAAGUGCCGUUUUGUACAUGAUCCAGCCGUUCGUGAGGCUGCCCUCCAAGAGAGGACAAGAAAUGGUGGUCAGAUGACGCUUAAGCAACGCCUCCUCCUGAAUGACAAGGAUCAGGACGAUAUGGAGGUGAUAAAGACUAUUGUGGACAUGCGCUGUAAUGGUCGUUUGCACAAUCCUCAGAAUUUGCCUUCGUUUUCUCAAGUCGACGAUCAAGCCAAGGAGAUGGUUGGCGCUCCAAUGGUUUCUUCGUUACCUACCACUGGUGGAGAGGCUAACCUUCCUCCCAAUCCCUAUGCGCACCUGAAGAACCGCAAGCCGCUUAAGAAACAUAACGAUUGGGCGUCCGCAGGCCAGCACCAAGGGUGGAAUCCUCCUAGCUACGGAGGCGCAGGCAUGCCACCUAAGUAGUUGCCGCCGUCACAUUACUCUGGGAGAGCUUAACUUUCCUACCGAUCUGGUUCGCCGUUUGCGGUGUCACGCACAACAAUAUUCAUCAAUGUGAUGAAUCAACGUCCACUAAAAUGGUGCCAUGUGGCACGCGACAGCUUAUUUGCGCCUUUCGGAUUAGUAUCCCCCAGGGACUCGGGAAGGCUGAGUCUAUUA